AUGGAUAAAGAUGAGGCUCACGAAUAUCUUUCGUCUCUUUUGAACCAGAUUUUGCGCAUCUACACCACAGAUGGCCGCAUGUUUCGGGGCACUUUCAAAUGCACAGAUCCGGAUAGGAAUAUUGUGCUGGGAAACUCACAUGAAUACCGGCAGCCUUCGGAGGAGGAACGUAGUGCCGCUGCAGCAAAUGCCUCUGGUAGCUCAACCACUCUAGACAUGACGUCUCGAUAUCUAGGCUUAAUCGUCGUUCCGGGGCACCACAUUGUGAAGAUGGAGGCUGAACAGUUCUUGAGCCAAAUGAAAACUUAG